CAUAGUCUCAUCCACAGGCUCAACUAAUACAGUACAGAGAGACAGCGUAGGCUAGUGGACGAGACUAGCUAUUACAGGGCUAGCUCUGGUCCAGAGUGUUAGUGAACCUUCAGGAUGGCUCAGCGUUAGCAAGCCACACUAACACACCCUGGACCAGAGCUACUGCAGGGCCAGGUGCUGCUGUUUGUCAGCUCUAACACCCUGGACCAGAGCUACUGCAGGGCCAGGUGCUGCUGUUUGACAGCUCUAACACCCUGGACCAGAGCUACUGCAGGGCCUGGUGCUGCUGUUUGACAGCUCUAACACCCUGGACCAGAGCUACUGCAGAGCCUGGUGCUGCUGUUUGACAGCUCCAACACCCUGGACCAGAGCUACUGCAGGGCCUGGUGUUGCUGUUUGACAGCUCUAACACCCUGGACCAGAGCUACUGCAGAGCCUGGUGCUGCUGUUUGACAGGUCUAACACCCUGGACCAGAGCUACUGCAGAGCCUGGUGCUGCUGUUUGACAGCUCUAACAGGGUGGGUGGGGCCUUACCUAAGACUGCCCCUUCUCCCCAAGUGUGCACUUGUUUACUUUACUUUACUUAUUUGAAAUGAAUAUAGGAAAUAUGGAAACUUCCUCUAGCCUAUUGUCCAUGGCUCCACCAAUCAAAUGCUUUUACGUUUGUGGGGAGUAGUGAAGUGCACCCUUCAGGAAGAAGGAGAGAUCAUUAGGACGUGACCAAUGUCUAAGGUUACAGCCUCCUCCCAAAGCAAACACCUGAUUGACUGACAACAGUUGAACACACCUGGAUUAAACCCCACCCACAGCACCUUUCUAGGAACUCACACCUGUCACCUGGCCUCUGAAUACAGGAAGAGAGACAGACUGACUAGCGACCGAAGCUCUGAACACCUGGCCUCUGAAUACAGGAAGAGAGACAGACUGACUAGCGACCGAAGCUCUGAGCACCUGGCCAGGAACAAGUGGGACAGGGCAUGGCAUCUACCAUCAGCCUCGUCUCCGAGAGACACUUCCUGUGCCCGCUGUGUCAGGACAUCUUCAGCAGUCCCGUGACUACUCCGUGUGGCCACAGUUUCUGUCAGGCCUGCCUGUGUGGGUACUGGACCCGGCACCGUUCAGACUACUGUCCCCUCUGCAAGAGGUUGUUCCAUUCCAGGCCAGACCUUAGUGUCAACCGCAUCCUGGUUGACGUCUGUGACAACUACAGGAAGACACGGCCUGAGAGCCUUGAGGAGAGCCACGACACGCCACAGGUUGUAGACAUUGACCAGAUGAUCCAGGAGAGACUGAAGAAAGUUGACAGACUCAGACACUCCCUGCAGCUCCUCAAAAACUCGUGUGUGAGGGAGGUGCGUGAGAGCCAGAAGGUGUUCUCUGCCCUCGUCAGUUCCAUGGAGAAGAGCCACAAGGCCGUGGUGACAGCCAUUGAGGAGAGACAGGGGAAGGAGGAGAGGAUUGUUGAGAAGCUGGUGAAGGAGCUGGAACAGGAGAUUCAACAGCUGAGGAGUGGAGACUCUGACCUGGGGCCUUGUCAAUCUCAGCAGAGCCGUGAUGAGCUCUGUGGUGGAGGUGGUCAGAAGAGUGUUGCAGUGAGCACCACUUCCACCACGGGCUACUCUGAGAGGAGGGACUGGUCCAAGGUUUCCAUUGAGACAGACCCCUGUAUGGGCGUGACCAGGAGAGCAGUAUCAGACCUGAUGGACAUGGUUAAAGGAGAGCUCUGUAGACUCUCUAAAGCUGAGCUGAAGAAAAUACAGAAAUACACAGUAGACAUCUCCCUGAGUCCCAAGACGGCCCACGCCUUCCUCUCGGUCUCAGACGACCGGAAACAGGUGCGACACACAGACAAACACCAGGAGGUCCCAGACAACCCCAAGAGGUUUGACCGCGUGUCCAACGUCCUGGGAAGAGAAUCCUUCAGCAGCGGCAGGUACUGUAAUGUCCCUCUUUAUACUUUUGCCUAUAUAAUAGCCUAUAUAAUAGCAUUCUAUAUCUAUAUAUCUAUAUUAUCAUAAAGAUCUAUGAUCAUAUAUCUAUGGUUCUAAGGACGGAUGUCAGGCCGUCUGAUAUAGUUUGUUUGUUGAACUUUACUGAAACUAUUGCAGGGAUACAAACUUAAGUAGAAGUUAGGAUUCACUCCUGGCUAGUGCUGUAUUAAAACAUGGACUGGACUUAAAUACUAAGUUCAUUCGUUAUAAUGAUGAAAACUUGGACUGGACUUGAAUGCAAAGUUCAUCAGUUGUAAUGACGAAAACAUGGACUCCAUUCCAUUCCACCUGGACUAAUGCUGACUCCAUUCCAAGUACUACUGGACUAAUGUUGACUCCUUUCCAGGUACUACUGGACUAAUGUUGACUCCAUUCCAGGUACUAAUGCUGACUCCAUUCCAGGUACUAAUGUUCACUCCAUUCCAGGUACUAAUGUUGACUACAUUCCAGGUACUACUGGACUAAUGUUGGCUCCAUUCUAGGUACUACUGGACUAAUGUUGGCUCCAUUCUAGGUACUACUGGACUAAUGCUGACUCCAUUCCAGGUACUACUGGACUAAUGCUGACUCCAUUCCAGGUACAACUGGACUAAUGUUGACUCCAUUCCAGGUACUACUGGACUAAUGUUGACUCCAUUCUAUGUACUACUGGACUAAUGUUGACUCCAUUCUAGGUACUACUGGACUAAUGUUGACUCCAUUCCAGGUACUACUGGACUAAUGUUGACUCCAUUCCAGGUACUAAUACUGACUCCAUUCUAGGUACUAAUGCUGACUCCAUUCUAGGUACUAAUGCUGACUCCAUUCUAGGUACUAAUGCUGACUCCAUUCUAGGUACUAAUGUUGACUCCAUUCUAGGUACUAAUGUUGAUUCCAUUCCAGGUACUAAUGCUGACUCCAUUCCAGGUACUAAUGCUGACUCCAUUCCAGGUACUAAUGCUGACUCCAUUCUAGGUACUAAUGCUGACUCCAUUCUAGGUACUAAUGC